UCCAACAGGACAAUCAUUCAAUAAUUGUUAUAUACUUUCUCAGUCUCUCUUUGUCUCAGUCUUUAAUCCCUGUCAGUCAUUUGUCAUUUACUCAUAAUGAACCUGUGUGUGUGUGUGUGUGUGUGUGUGUGUGUGUGUGUGUGUGUGUGUGUGUGUGUGUGUGUGUGUUUAUUUAGCUGAGAUUGGUGAUUUUGAUGAAACUCAGUGUAGACAGCAUCUUCUUAACACCAACUACAUCCCUGACCAGAUGGCCCUGAUGGACACAAUCAUGGAGUUCCACCAUAAACACAUUGGACAGUCUCCCGCAGAGUCAGAUUACCGGUUGCUGGAGGCUGCGUGCAGGUUGGAGAUGUACGGCAUCCGACUCCAUCCGGCUAAAGACAGAGAAGGAACCAAACUCAGUCUGGCUGUAGCACACGCCGGCGUCCUUGUGUUUCAGGGACCCAACAGGAUCAACGACUUCAACUGGUCUAAAAUACGCAAGCUGAGUUUCAAGAGAAGGAGGUUCCUGAUCAAACUGAGAGCAGACCCUAGCCAGAAUGUUAAUCAAGAUACUCUGGAGUUUCUGAUGGCGAGUCGGGACUGCUGUAAAAUGUUUUGGAAGAUCUGUGUGGAGUAUCACGCCUUCUUCAGGCUCUUUGAGGAGCCCAAACCCAAACCUAAACCGGUGCUGUUCAGCAGGGGCUCAUCCUUCAGGUUCAGUGGGCGGACACAGAAGCAGGUGAUAGAUUAUGUGAAGGAAAAUGAGUUUAAAAAACUGCCCUUUGACAGGAAACAUAGUAGAGUGCAGUAUAACAGCAGCCUGUCACCUCUGAGUCACCAAGUGCCAAAUCAAGCUUUCAAGCAGAGCUGGGAGGGCUCAUUUUUAGUAAGCUCGGAAGAUUCUGCGGUAGUAAGACCAGGCGGAAACUCAUCCCCUUCAACUCAGCGCAACGGAUGUAGUGACCAAACGUAUACCAUUCAGGAGCACAGCAGAAGCCCGGCAUCCAAGCAGUCACCCAUCGAUCGAGCAGGUCUGGCGUCCCUUGCAACUAAAGGCAGCAGCUCAUCCAUCCCAUAUAUUGACUGCAGUGAUGCAGAGUUUAGUGAACAGGAAGUCAGAGGUCGGGUCAGCAGGUCACACUCACACACACGCGAUGGCAACAGUGACAGCGCUUAUGGCACAGGGUUUGGUUCGCCCCGGCCACCUCAACAGGGCAGAUACAUGGGCAAGUUGAGGCAGAAAGAGUCUCCACCUCUUUCCCCUGUAAACCAAGCCGAGAGCCCCGCCCACAGCUAUCCCAGCCCCUCCUCUCCAAAUCAAAGUGCUAACAUUUUUGAGUCAUCAUAUUUUGGAGGCAGGGUACGUGGGCGGCUUCAUAGCACACUAUUGGAAGAGUUGGCCGCAAAAUGCUCCUUAAACCAACACACAGGCACCAGGAGCCUGACCUCUAGCCCCGCCCCCUCCUCAAUUCACAGGACCAGCUCAUUAAGUUACACCCAGUAUAAUGGACACACCAGGCAGAGCUUUAGUUCAAAAGCAGGACGGGAGGAAAGGGGAGGACUAUUUAGUAGCUGCUCCCCAAUUAUGAAUCGUUCAGCAAACAAGUCCCAGAACACCAUUAGCCAGUUGGAAAGAAUCUCAAAUCAGCCACAAACUCCCGUUCUCUCCCAUGCCGAGAGAAUGGCCAUGUUGGAGCGCCGAAUGCUGGCCAACGGGCUCACGCCUCCAGGCAAGGCCAAUCUCAAGCUAAGCUCCCCGCACCGGCGCUUCGGGGCUGUGCAGAUGAUUGACGGCUCCACCAGUAGUGGAACAGACACUAGCGACUCUGAAGAGGCGGAGUCUACUGGCUCCUGCAGCCAUUCGCUAGGGUUUGAAAACCAAGCCACUCGUAGUCCAUCCCACCUCCCAAGAAACAAGUACACGUUCGAAAGCUUGCAGUUAGAUGAGCUUGACAAUGAAGGAGGGUGUGUGAACCUCAGUGAUGAGGAAGGGAUGCAAAUGUUUAACUGCUAGCACGCUAGUGUGAAAAGGUCAUUAGAAUGUGUUUCUCGGCAAUGUCACACUGAGUGUUUUUUUUCCUAUAAUCUGAUAUGGCUUUAGCUGUAUGACAAGGUGGAUAAUUUUCCCUUUCUUGAGGCAAAAUUCUGUAUAGUUUUGCCAGAAGGGAUUUUACCCAUCCUCUGUAUUUGAACAAGAUGGGGCUUUUGUGGUGCCAAAUUCUGCAUAGAAUGUUAAUUACUGACAGUUCUGAUGCUGCAAUAAUCUGGAAUAAUUCAGAGUGAUGUUGUCAUUCCCUGGAGUCAAGAUCUCUGCGUUUGGAAAAAUGCGAGGAGCCAUAACAGAUGUGAACGUGAUUUUGCCAAGUAAGACUUGUUCCUGGUGUUGAUCCUGGAGCGACUUUCCUUUGACCAAUCAGAUGUUUGGGUUAGGGUUAGGUUUAUUCCUAGAGUUGAGGACUGGGGUUCCACUGUGAACUCAUCUUUUCGCUCUAGUUUUUAAGGGUGAGGCUGUAAUAUGAAUGAAUCUGAGGUAGAACACUUUUUGGGGCCUUCAUGCCUCUCCUUUAUGAGGAACACUCUGCAUCAACCAUUACUUUUUAAUAACUGUAGGAACUAGAACUUGAAUCCAACUGUACAGAUGAAAUGAUUGUGGUACUUCUAGAAGGCUGGGCAGCUCUGGCCCUCAAGGUCCACUGUCCUGCAGAGUCUUGCUCUAACCUUACCUGUAGCUGUCUAGUAAUCUUGAAGACCUUGAUCACCUUAUUCAGGUAUGUUUGAUUAGGGUUGGAUCCAAACUCUGUAGGUAAGUGGAACUCAGGGGCUAAGAGUUGUAAGCUUGUGUAGCUCUCAGUUGGUGUAGAGCAUGUUUAGCCAGCCCUGUUCCCAGAGGACUACCUUCCUGCAGUCUUCAGUUCCAACACACCUGCCUGAAACUUUUAAGUUAUCCUGAACACCAUGUUUAUAUAACAUAUUUGAUUGGGGAUGGUAGCUCUCCAGUAGCAGAGUUGGCUUCCCCUGGUAUAGAACUUCAACUUUAUUAAUAUUCUCAGUCAUCACUUUGCCAGUUUGCCAUUUGUGCUGGUGCCUACAGCUGCUUCUUCAUAGAAUCAUUUAAAGAGCAUUGUGAUUUCUGAGGUUUCACUCACACUGAGCUUUGGCAAAACCAUUUUUCCUUCCGGCUGAGCCUUGGAAAUAUCUCUGUUUACUAUGAGAAAUUAGCAGAUUCAGAGACUGGACAUUUUUAUUGGUAUCUAUCUUAUAAAAUCCUGCAUGAUUUUUUUACUUAGGUAGAUUUGAAUGUAACCAUUUUGAAUAUAAGGGGUUUUUGUCCUGUUGUGUCAGAGUUGUGAUGAAUGUACUUGUCAGUAAGAGAUUUCAGAUUUUGAAAUGAAAAUCUUGUCAUUGUAUACUCAUCUUCACGUCACAAAAGGAAAAAUUUUGAAGAAUGUUUCCACUGCUGUUUUAGAAAACAACAGAAGUGUACAGUUUAUCGGUCUCAACGGGCCAUGUGGGCUUGAAAUGACAUGAGGGUGAGAAGGUAAUGACAGCACUUUCAUUUUUGAGUGAACUGUCUCUGUAAGCUGUACGAUGGUUCAGUCUACAGAGGGAAAAGUGCCACAGCGUCUCACUGUGUUUCACUCUCUCUCCCUCGCUGAGCACCUCUACCUUACCUUGCACAUAGGUUUACCUGUUAUCCUUCAGCAGGGAUUGGAAAGGGAGUUUUUAUAUAAUUUAACAAAAAUUGCAUACUUCUUGUAGUAUUUUUAUUUUUUCAAAAAUCCCCUGAAAAAAAGAAAAAAAAAAUCAAUAAAAAUGUGAUAAUGCCAUCUAGCAUGUGCGUUUCUAAUCCCUGCCUGAUUUCUCACUCUUAACACUCUUGGCUGAUAUUCACUAUUGUUUUAUACCUUUUCUUUUCUCCCCUGUAUUUUUUUUUUUUUUUUCUGAAACCGCUUGAGCUUGUCAUCCUUGUCAUUUAUGAUCAAUAAAUGCUUGUUGAGUUUUCUGCUGGCAUUUAAAAUUGACUGAAAGAAUCUUUGUAACUAAAGGUGUUUUUAAAUGCUGGGCUGCACGCUCUCCCUUCAUAUGGCUGUUCUGUUCUAUUUCAAUGAAAGCUGAAAGUGAAAAUUUGAAUAUCCUUAUGAAUGUUUGGGACAUGACUGAUCUUCUUUUGUUUGACCACACAAUGAUCAAAUUAUACAUAAGUACUGUUUAUAAAUUGGCUUGAUGGCCUGAAAAACUGUCACCUGCUGUUCAUUUGUGUGAAUGACAUGUUGAUCUUCAUUCUCGCACCUUGGCUAUGUUCAGAAUGGAAUACUAUUGCAAUCUCUUCUGAAUAGUCAUUCCCUCUCUUUCUCUGUCGCAUUCAGCACUGUUCAAGCUUAAUCUCUGUUCUGAUGUUUCCCUGCCUGGUUCUUCUCAAUGACUUUUGUUCUGCUGCUCUUUAUGAAUCACAUAGACCUUUUAACACUGUAUUUUGUGCACUAGUGUCAAUAAAGUUACAGUUGGCCUUUGAA